AAAAGAAGCGAUCAGUGGGAUCUUUUCAGAGAGCCAAAGGACGCCGGCUCUGCAAUCCAUUCUACCAGGGGUCUCUUCCCGACCUCCGACUGCCUCCAUCUCGAUCCCGUCGACUCUUCCUGCCGAGAGGCUGGAAGAUGUUCAACUUUUGUGCCUGAAGAAAUAAGAGAGAUUGGUACAUGCUGGCUUGCACUAUCAGUAGCUACUUUGCUGAGCUAAAUCUCAGGUUUCUUUGGACUGCCUUAUUUACCAUAUUUUGCAGUUAGAGAGUUCACCUCUCAGACUCAAGUAGUUUGUGUCGACUGUCAAGUGUAUUUCCCUUGUUCUGAAGCAAAAUUUAAAGAAAUGGGGAUAUAUCUCAGCACUCCCAAAACUGAGAAAUUUUCCGAAGAUGGUGAGAGUGAUAGACUAAGGUUUGGCCUUUCAUCUAUGCAAGGAUGGCGUGCAACUAUGGAAGAUGCACAUGCUGCAUUGCCAGAUCUUGAUGACUGCACAUCAUUCUUUGGCGUUUAUGAUGGCCAUGGUGGAAAAGUAGUUGCUAAGUUUUGUGCAAAGUACCUCCACACUCAGGUUCUCAAGAAUGAAGCUAGUUCGACAGGAGAUUUAGGUACUUCUGUUCAAAGAGCUUUCUUGAGAAUGGAUGAAAUGAUGCAAGGACAGAGAGGGUGGAGAGAACUAGCCGUACUUGGAGAUAAGAUAAACAAGUUCACUGGCAUGAUAGAAGGCUUGAUUUGGUCUCCAAGGGGCAGUGACUCAAAUAAUCAUGAAGAUGAUUGGGCCUUCGAGGAGGGCCCCCACUCUGACUUCUCUGGACCAACAUCUGGCAGCACAGCUUGUGUAGCAAUCAUGAGAGGUAACCAACUCGUUGUCGCAAAUGCUGGAGAUUCGCGCUGUGUGAUCUCUAGGAAGGGACAGGCAUACAAUUUGUCAAGAGACCACAAACCAGAACUUGACGCUGAAAGAGAAAGAAUACUAAAAGCAGGGGGUUUUAUACAUGGAGGGAGAGUGAAUGGAAGCUUAAAUCUUGCAAGAGCAAUUGGAGACAUGGAAUUCAAGCAGAACAAGUUCUUGCCUGUUGAGAAACAAAUAGUAACUGCUAACCCCGACGUAAACAAUGUGGAGCUUUGUGAUGAUGAUGACUUCAUUGUUCUUGCGUGCGAUGGUAUUUGGGAUUGCAUGUCAAGCCAACAGCUGGUAAAUUUCAUCCAUGAGCACAUAAACAAGGAAACAUCUCUAUCUGCUGUGUGUGAGAAAGUGCUCGACAGGUGUUUGGCACCUUCAACACUUGGUGGAGAAGGAUGUGACAAUAUGACCAUGAUUUUGGUUCAGUUUAAGAAACCAAUCAAUUCCAAUGCUGCCAGUGCCGAGCAGUCAACUCAGGCUACACCAGGGUCUGAGAGUUCAUCCGCUGACUGAAGGUGAACAAUUCUUGAUGUUGAUGGUACACUUGACACUGUCGGAACCAGAUUAUCCUUUAUUAUUACUAUUAAUCCCUUUCACUACUUUCCAACUUGACUUAGUUACAUCGCUUUUUAGGAGAUCAACAAAAUGCAGUAAAAGAGGUUCAAAGUGUAUUUCUCAUGUGCAUUAUUCUCGGAAGGAAUUUAUUUCAUGUGAUACACAAUCGCUGAUAUCUGUUGCUUUAUGGAGUUGUCCCUUCAUGCCUAUA